AGUCAACACCAUGCUCUGGAAGAUGACGAUAUUGUGGCUCUUUGUUUCGGUGUAUGCCGCACCUGUUUUAAGGUGGCGGCGGCAAAUAGUGACGCCUAAGCACUUGAUGGGACCCCCUUUGCCGACCGCCCUACACGACAAGGUAGUAAUCACACCGCAAAAGCUAAAAGAAGUGGCAGACCUGAGGGCCAAGAUCCAUAAGGCCAUCGAUGAAGACACCUACGUGGUGGCCGCUCCGCCAUCGACAGAUUUUUUAACUACUCUCGGUGGAAGUUGGCAAGCACCUUUAUUUUUGCUCCAGCCCUGGACUGCACCAGCCUUUAACUUUACCAUCGUUUGGCCCAGAUUUGGCUGACAGCAUAACCAACCGUUUUAUUUCAUAUUUGUAGCUCUUAAUAAAGUCAAGAUGACCGAUUAAAGAGAUGCGGAAGUCGAAGUUGCUUCGAACCGCGGCGCUGGAAGAACUGAAAAUAACAGAGAUCAAAUAACAAAUGGAUCAAAUAGCAUU